AUGUCGGGUUUUAAGAUUCUCUUGUGCGUGUCUUUGGCAAUCUGUGCCACUCUUGUGGCUGGCCAACCACUUAAGGAUGAUGGCGAGGUACGCGAUCCAAAUGGACGCAUUGUUGGCGGCUAUGCUGUGGACAUUACCAGACAUCCUCAUCAGGUGUCGUUGAGACGUAAAGGCUGCGAGUCCUGCACCUAUUCCCAUACCUGUGGCGGCAGCAUCUACAAUCCUAGUGUCAUUGUGACAGCUGCUCAUUGUGUCAACGGACGUUUGGCUGAGAACUUCAUCGUCGUUGGUGGUACCAGUAGACGUAAUGGUGUCGAUGGGUUUGUGGCUCGUGUCUCGAACAUUGUAAUGCACGAGAAAUAUAAUUCAUCGAUUACCGACAACGACGUGGCCUUGAUGUUCUUGUCCACCCCCUUGCCAUUGGAUGGUGUUACCAUGGCUCCCAUUGAAUUGUCCAGUGAAACUCCACCACAAGGUGCAAAGGCAACCAUAUCAGGUUGGGGUACCACCUCGUCGGGUGGCUUCUCUUCGGAUCAAUUGUUGGCUGUCGAUGUUCCCAUUGUAAGCAAUGAUCGUUGUGAUGCUGCCUAUGGUCCGGGACGUAUUACCGACAGCAUGUUGUGUGCUGGUGUUGAGGGUAUUGGUGGUAAGGAUGCCUGUCAAGGCGAUUCCGGUGGUCCCCUCUUGGUCGAUGGCAAGCUGACUGGUAUUGUAUCGUGGGGUCGUGGUUGUGCUUUGGCCGAUUAUCCCGGUGUCUACGCCAGUGUGACAUAUUUGAGACAAUGGAUUUUGGAUAACGUGGCUGCUAAUCUUUAA